AUGCGAAUUUCUCGUUUGACUUCAUUAUUACUUCCUAAUUUCACGAACAUACCUAAUAAAUCAAUAAUUAGAAAUCAAUUAAUCAAAAAGGCUUCUUUCCAUGCAACGAGCUUGUUCCUUCAAAAGACAAAUACACCACCUUCAGCGGAAGGUUUUAUGCCUGGUGUUUCUCAGUCUAGAGAGACAAAAAAGAUGAAUAUGUUCCAAGCAAUAAAUGAUGCAAUGAGUAUUGCAUUGGCAACUGAUGAGACAGCAGGCAGGUUCAUCUUUGGUGAAGAUGUGGCUUUCGGUGGAGUAUUCCGCUGUACUUUAGGGUUGGCCGAAACAUUUGAGUCACUGGAAUUGAAUAUACUUGUUUUUGCAGAGUCGAGUCCGACUUCAACGGCUGGUAGAGAUCGUGUGUUCAAUACACCAUUGUCUGAACAAGGUAUUGUUGGAUUUGGUAUAGGAAUGGCGGCAAUGGGCCAUACAGCUAUUGCUGAAAUUCAAUUCGCAGAUUAUAUAUUUCCGGCUUUUGAUCAGCUUGUCAACGAAGCUAGCAAAUAUAGAUACCGUUCGGGUGGUAUAUUCAAUGUUGGUGGUUUGACUGUCAGAUCACCUUGUUUAGCUGUGGGUCAUGGUGGACAUUAUCAUUCACAAUCACCAGAGGCAUACUUUACUCACACACCAGGACUAAAGGUGAUCAUGCCUAGAAGUCCAAUACAAGCUAAAGGUCUUUUAUUAGCAUCAAUAAGAGAUCGAAAUCCUGUAAUAUUUUUUGAACCGAAAAUUUUAUAUCGUGCUGCUAUUGAACAAGUUCCACUAGUUGAUUAUGAACUUCCUUUAGGUAAAGCCGAGAUUCUCAAAUCUGGCAAAGAUGUUACUGUGGUAGGAUAUGGAUCCCUAAUUUAUGUUCUAGAAAAUUCCAUUCAAUUGGCGGAGAAAACUUUUCCUGGUCUAUCAUGUGAACUCAUAGAUUUAAGAUCCCUGUUACCUUGGGACGUUGAUACUGUUGCAAAAUCUGUGAAUAAAACUGGAAGGUUGGUUAUUGCUCAUGAGGCACCUCAAACUUCCGGUUUUGCUGCUGAAGUAGCAACAAGUAUAAUGGAAAGAUGUUUUUUAAGACUUGAAGCACCAGUCCAGAGAGUUUGUGGAUGGGACACACCGUUUCCAUUAGUAUUCGAAAAAUUUUAUGUUCCAGACAUGAUUAGAUGUUAUGAUGCCAUUAAGGAAAUUUUAGAAUAUUGA